AUGGGCCUUGACAACUUGACUGUCGAAGAUCAUUCGGACAGCACCGUUAGUAUUGUGGGCGGGGGACCUGUUGGGCUGGUUCUCGCCCUGACACUGGCAUAUCACGGCGUUCGUAGUGUCCUAUUUGAGAAAAAUGUUACCACUACGCAGUCAGUCUUUCUAACCGAAAACCAAUCCUUGGAAACAGCUAACAUUGAUAACAGGUUUCCGAAGAUGGACUUAACGCUCGCACGAACGAUGGAGAUUCUGCGCGUAUUGGGUCUAGCUGAUGGACUCCGUGCCCGAGGUGUGGCCCCUGAAUACCCGUUCACUGUGCGCUUUUCUAGUGGCCUUGGGGCAGAGCAUCCUCUUUCGGAGUGGAGACUCCCCAGUACAGAUCAAUUCCGCCAGCGCAUUUUGUCCCAGAAUGACGGGACUAUGCCUCUUGAGCCCUGGUUGCGCGUAUCAGGAGACCUGUUUGAAGCAUUUCUGAAGGAAAAAUGUCAAAAUAGCCAGCUGAUCGAUGUGCGCUUUGGAUGGACAGUGACACAUGUCAUCGAGGGUCCCACCGGAGUGGAAACUCGGGUCAAUAAUCCUCAUACAGGCGAGGAGCAAGCCAUACACAGCCCUUACGCAGUCGGAUGUGAUGGAGCAUCGAGUUCGGUCCGCAAAGGUCUAGGAAUUGACCUGGAUGGUGGCCCCUUGCACAGCAGCGUUGUGCUGAUCCAUUUCAAGUCCCGGGACCUGGCUGGUCUUCAUCGUCAGGGUCAAUUUUGGCAUACUUUCUUUCCUAGCGAUCCAUCCAUCAACGGAGACUCGGUGGGCGGCACGAUCAUCUCGCAGACCGAAGUUGAUACAUGGACAGUCCAUGACUUUCGUGCCCCUGGAUCGAAACAAAAUACCAGUUCCGCCCAGGAAACGAUCUACCGCGUGCUGGGAGGAAUGAGAGAUCCUUAUCAAAUUACCGUUGACGAGAUUAUCGCUCAGUCAACAUGGACACCCAGCAUCACAAUCUCCAAAUCUUACGGCGGACCACUGCAGCGCGUUUUCCUCGCUGGUGACGCGUGCCACCAGAUGGUCCCGUCAGGUGGAUAUGGCAUGAACAUGGGUAUUGCUGAUGCUUUUGACUUGGGCUGGAAGCUAGCCGCGACAAUUCAGGGCUGGGGGGGUCCACGGCUAUUGGCAUCGUAUGAACAGGAACGACGUCCAGUUGCAGAGCUCAUGCAACACUGGGGCAAAGUACAUGCAGAGAAGCUGAUAGGCCUGGCUUCUAAGGUAAACCUGGAUGCGGCCAUCAUCGAUGCGCCCGAUUCACGUGGAGAGCAAUUACGGCGCAAGGUCCAUGAGUAUGUGCAGGGUAAUGACGCACACAAUCAGAGUUUUGGGGUGGAAUUCGGCCAUCAGUAUCAGUCGGAAAUCACGGCGAAGAGUGUAUUUAUCAACCCACCGCCCUUCGAUCCACGCUCAUACACCCCAACCACCUAUCCGGGCUUUAGGGCUCCUCAUGUGUUCCUCACCGACGGCUGUGCCAUCUUUGACAAAUACGGAAAAGGUUUUACGCUCGUUGAGUUUGUCGAUGAAUUGUCCGUAUCGUCACCCAGUGGGUCAGCCACAUUCAGAGAUGUUGCUGACGAGCAUCAAACACCCGUGCAAAUUGUUUCCCUGGCAAGAGAAUCCCAUGCUCACAAGGUCUGGGGAGCACAGAUGGUACUGGUGCGCCCGGACGGCUUCGUGUCGUGGCAUGGAAAUGAGAUUGUCUGUAAAGAGGCAGCUAGGGCAAUCCUGCUGCAAGCAACAGGCUACUUCGACUCGUUUUCCAUCGCUUCUAGAGAGCCAGAAAUCCCCUCCUGCCUAUAA